AUGUCUCAAUUCAAAUUAUACUUCGACUUUAAAGAGAAUGUGUGCGCUGACGAGGUAUCUGUGCUUGAAUUGGACUCAAGUUCCUUUACCAAAGUCAUUUCUUCUUCGGGUGGAGCUCUUGUAAAGUUUUACGCUCCGUGGUGCGGCUACUGUCGCCAAUUUGAGGGGCCUUACUCAGAGGCGGCGCGUGCAUUGGCAGAUGCCGUUCCAGACCUUAUUGUUGCACGGAUUGAUGGCACUCGUUUUCCUGCCGAAACUUCCUUCGCCGGCGUCAAGGGAUAUCCUACAGUCCUUUUCUUCAAGGGCGCCAAAUCCUAUCCAUUCAAUGGUGAGCGCUCAGUCAAAGGCAUCAUGUCCUUUGUAGAAAGUGUUAUCGGACCUCCUGUUGACUCGCUGGUAGAUGAAGAUGCAUUGGAGAAGAAGGUGGAGGAGCUUCUUGAUGGGGUCUUUUUUCUUUAUCGCGGUGACAAAUUCAGUAGUCUGUGGAUUGCCUUCAAUGCUACAGCUGAGGAGUAUAGACUUCAAUUACCUUUCUAUCAUCUUGAUGAUGGAACUUCAAAUAAUGCCGGAGACAUUUUUGUUUACAAGGAUGGAGAUAAAAGGCGCUUCCUGCUGAGGGAAGAUGGUGAUAUGAUGUCUCAAAUGAAGGAGUUUGUUGAGGAGAAUCGUCAGCCGGCUUUCGGCCAUCUUACUGCUUCUGAUCUCAAGCAAAUGAGCGGUGAACCGAAUUUGAUAGUCUGCGUCUUCUUAGUAGAUUAUAUGUUGGAUUUCACGAAGGAUUUUAAAUGCAUUGGGCGAGAUCUUGCUUUCAACAACCCAGGUGACUCGUUGGCUCUCUACAAAUUUGCGUGGUCGGCGGAUACUCGAGGCUUCAGCAGCCUGGCCAUGACGAGUCUGGAGCCGCCUAACCUCCUACUCUACUCCCCAGUGAAUAAGACCUUCAUGCUUCAUCCGCUGUGUUCUACCCCGGAAGCCAUUUCCGCUCUUAACAAACAACAAAUUACGGCCUUCUUGGUAGAUGGAGUCAAUGGGAAACUUCCGGUGGGUUAUUUUGAUAUCGGUGCCUUUAAAUUCCUCUCCUGA